AAGUAAGGCAGUCGGUUGAAUUAAGUAAACAGUGACGGUUGUGUUUUAGAGUGCAUUUAGAAAUAUUUAAUAAUUUAGUGUUUUUGGAGUUCAUGAUGUCGGAUGAAAUUGCAGAAAAUGGAACAGCGAACGGAGACGUUCCAGAGAUUGAGCUGAUAAUCAAGGCUUCGACGAUUGAUGGCAGGCGAAAAGGUGCUUGCUUGUUCUGUCAGGAGUACUUCAUGGACCUGUACCUGCUAGCGGAACUAAAAACUAUAAGUCUCAAAGUGACGACAGUGGACAUGCAGAAGCCUCCGCCAGAUUUUAGGACCAACUUCGAAGCUACUCAUCCUCCCAUCCUGAUAGACAACGGCCUCGCCAUACUGGAAAACGAAAAGAUAGAGCGACACAUCAUGAAGAGCGUGCCGGGAGGGCAUAAUUUGUUCGUACAGGAUAAAGAAGUGGCGUCUCUAAUAGAGAACCUGUACUCCAAGUUGAAGCUGGUUUUGGUACGUAAAGACGAGCACAAGUCCGCUGCUCUGAGGGCGCAUCUCGCCCGUAUUGAUGCACUGCUGGAGCGCAGAGGAACCAGAUUCCUAACGGGAGACACCAUGUGCUGCUUCGACUGCGAGCUGAUGCCUCGUCUGCAGCACAUCCGCGUGGCCGGCAAGUACUUCGUCGACUUCGAAAUACCCACGAGUUUCCGAGCACUCUGGCGUUAUAUGUACCACAUGUACCAGCUGGACGCCUUCACACAGAGCUGCCCCGCCGACCAAGACAUCAUCAACCACUAUAAACUGCAACAGUUAUCUACCAAAGGUUUGAUCUUGUCGCCGACGCUGAUGCGGCAAAAGAAAGACGAAGAUAGUAGGACGGCGCUCAAAAUGAAGAAACACGAGGAACUCGAGACGCCCACGUUCACGACCUCCAUCCCCGUGGACGUGAACGAGCCAAACGAACAGUAAUCCUAUUAAUCAGUACCAAGUCUUUAUUGAACGAUUUCACUUAACGUGAUUGAUAGUAUUUUUGUAAUUUUGUACAAUUUGAUUAUUUUUUUUUUGUUUGUUUUCGACAUUUCAUAAUAAAUGUAAAAGAUUUGGUGCAAUCAAAAUUUAUUACGGGUGAUUGUAUGCGGCGUUGGGUGCGUGUUUGACCCUGUUGCGACCGGCGGAGGUUAUACUGUGCAGAAAUUAACAUUAUAAUAUUAUUUAUCUAGUUCUAGAAUAGUGGCCGUACACAACGAAAAAUCUUUAACACUGUUAUCUCACAUACUAUGAUUGGUUUACAGUAUUCUAUGUUACGCGGUAGUUUAAGUUGUAGGUAAGUAUUUCAGCCAGCCGAAACGCCUCUGCCUUGACAUUUUCAGUAACUGCAACAGUUAUCAACUUGUAUUUAUUAUGAAGCAUAUUGAGUGCUCUUGCCUGCCUCGGUUACCUUUUUUGAAGGUAGUAUAAGUACUUAUUUUUAAUACAUAGAUUCAAUUUAAGCCAUUUUAUUGAGACUUGAACUGUUGAUAAUGAUGCCUUGAUUUUGGAAUAAUUUUUUUUUUUUAAUAAUCUAUACAAGCUAUUGUUUUGUUCACAAUAUACAGACAAGAGGCAUCUACAUAAAAAAAUAUUGGACAUUGUAUAAAAUAUUAACACUAGUAUAUAAUGUAAAAUUGUUAAGGAAUAAACCUGGAUAAAUAUUUUAAUUUUU